AUGUCUCCAGCGCCGUCGCCGUCGCCGUCGCCGUCGUCGCCGUAUCCCCUAGCCGCCGCCCCCGACAUCGUGCGCGCGCACCAGAAGGACGCCUACUUCACCGGCCACCUCGCCAACACCCUGUCCGACCUGUGCCGCCGGCUCCUCGGCGCGCGGUCCACGCACGCCCUCGCCCCCGAGCUGCGCUCCCUCGCCGCCCUGCUCUACUUCGCGCUCACCACGCUCCCCGGCAACCGCACCCUCGGCGAGGAGUACUGCGACCUCGUGCAGGUCGAGUCCUCGCCCCUCGGCCGGCUGCCCCACGUCCGCCGGCGGGCGGCCUACAUCGGCGGCGCCAUCCUCCUGCCCUACCUGGCCGGCCGGGCGCUGCCGCCGCUGCGCGCCCGCCUGCGCGGCCUCGUCGACGCCCGCCUGGAGUCGCUGCGCCGCAAGGGCGGCCGGUCCCGCCGGGAAGCCCGCGCGUGGGAAUACGUCUCGGACCGCCUGCCGUCCCUGACGUCGGCCGCCCCCGCGCAGGCCGUCACCCUGGCGCUGUUCUACUUUGGCGGCACGUACUACGAGCUGACGAAGCGGUUGCUCUCGCUGCGGUACGUCUUCACGCGCGCCGUCCCGGAGUCGCCCGAUCGGGGCGGCUACGAGGUUCUCGGCGUCUUGCUUGUCGUCCAGCUCGCGGUCCAGGGCUACCUCCAUGCGCGAUCGGCCUUGUCCGCGGGGGCGCCUCGCGAGCGCAACCCCGGCGCCAGCGCCUUGCAGUCCGGCACGGUCGAGGUGUCUCUCAGCCACGCCAACUCGUACGCCGCCAACAGCGACCUGCUCCUCGCCAACCUCGGCGGCGGCCCCCCGGGUGCCCAGCAGAGCCGGCUUGAUUUUGCGUCGACAACCCGCACGCCCGUCAGCCCCGAGCCUCGUUUCGACUUGGCCCACGACGAGGUCAUGCGCUACAUCAAAGGGCACCAGCAGCGGAAAUGCACCCUCUGUCUCGAGGAGCUCAAGGAUCCCUCGGCCACGCAGUGCGGACAUGUCUUCUGCUGGGAGUGCAUAGGGGACUGGGUCAGGGAGAAGCCCGAGUGUCCCUUGUGCAGGAGGGAGGCCAUGGUGCAGCAUAUACUGCCGCUGAGGACCAUCUAG